AUGCCUGCAGGAUGGCCGACGAUCGCGGAGGCGGCUCAGACUGAGCUGUUGCAGCGGUUACCAGGGAAAUGGAGGAUUGAUCCCAAGCCAUAUGCUGGAUUGACCGACGUCACUCGGGUGCCGGUCACAUGCGGUAUCCUGACUGCAAGACAGAUCGCAAUCACAGAGCUCACUGUAACGGAGCUGUCUGGCCACAUCCGAACGCGGGCUCUGAGAGCCGUGGAAGUGCUUGAAGCCUUCGCUGCACGGGCUGCUAUUGCUCAUCAGCUGGUAUUUUGUCUCACAGACUGGUUCUACGAAGAAGGUCUCCGUCGUGCAAAGGAGCUUGAUGACAUUCUCGACAAUGGCGGCCAACCAUUGGGCCCGCUCCAUGGCGUCCCUGUAGCGCUCAAGGCCACGUAA